ACUUGCAAGCGGCUGGAUAAAUUUAGAAGGAGUUCAGAGAGAGAAAGAGAGUACAGUCAAAAAAGGAAACUAAAGCCAACUACAUUCACAGCAGAGAGAAGAAAUGAGAGAAAAACAAUUGAACUUAAAUUAAAAAUCAUCUGCUUUCUUCAAAUGAAAGCUGUGGAAGGAGUAGAAGAUUGAAAGUUGGGGAAGAUAGCACCCUUUGAAUCUCUGAGGCUCAUCAUAUCUUUACUGACUACACAAUGUGGGCAAUGGUGACUGAGUUGCUCUUCAGCUUUGUGCUGUUGGCCUUUUUGGUGAUCAGCUGUCAAAAUGUACUGCAUAUCGCCAGCAACUCCGUCCGAUCGGUUCUGGCCCGCAUUCAUACUCAACUGGAUCAUGAACUGGGUGAGGACGAAGGUCUAGCAGAUGAAGAGGAAAAUGUCACAACACGUGUGGUGCGACGCAGGGUUAUUCUGAAGGGUGAGAAGGCAGAGGAUCUUCCAGGAGAACAAGUAAGUGAGGAGCAGUUUACAGACGAGCAUGGCAACAUUGUAACCAAAAAGAUUGUCAGAAAGGUGGUGAGGCGAGGAAAGGGGGAGGAAGAGAGUCAGGAGCUCAUCAUUGAAGGGUUGCCGCAGGAAGUCAUUGAGGAAGACGUUGAUGGAGAACAGUACAUGAGCUAUGCCGUCCUGGGCCGUGACAGCAAGAUAAUCUAGUGUGACAACUUACCCGCAGAUGGGGCAAGAGGAUUCAGUCGAGCUAGAAUGUCAGCAAAUCAGUGAAAUCUCUUCAAAUUACAAAUGUUAAUUAGACAGCUAAAGUUUCAACAAUCCAAUAACAAAAUAGACAAUAAUUGCUUUUACUAUGUUUAGAAAAAAAAUAUGCAGCAUGCAGUAUGUAUACUCUGCACGAUAUACACGUUUAACAUGUAUAGAAUAAUAAUAAUGUAUAUCGCUUUUCUGUAGCACUCUGAAAGGGGGAUUCUUGUCAACCACCACCAAUGUGUAAAAUACCCAAAUCACAUACUCAAAGUCCCAUAUAUGUCAGAACGUUUUAUGUUUUAUAUAAUACUAUAUCCAACAAUGCAUUUCAAAUUAACAAGUUAACCAAAAGCAAUAUAAAAAUAUUGUAAUCUCAUUAUUGAUUAUCUGGUUGGACUACCGGCAAUUAUGACAUUUAUCUUCCAAAAUACAGACGGAUUAGAAAUGUAAAACACUCUCACAUAAUGAGGUCAUGUGACAACAAUGUGUCAUACUACUGUUUAAAAUGCACAGCCUAUUUUUAAUUCUUUUUUUUUUUUACAAAACAGUAAUAAGUAUGUACUGUACAGUAUCCAGUAAGCAGUAGAUUUGUAUUCCAUUUUCAACACAGCCUAUUAUACUUAUGAUUUGUAUGAAACAAGAUACUAUCAUGAAGGUCUGUGAAAAUAAAUUGUAUAUAGCUUCUAGAGUCAGUAACAUCACAAGUUUGGUUUAUGUGUGAUUCCUUUACAUGAUUGAUAGCUAAACUGGAUGAUCAUUGUUUUAGUUUAUUUAGUUUUCUAUUAUUCUUUUGUUUUCUCUCUCUCUGCUAAGCUUUGCAUUAAUGUCAUUUUUGAAUGUGCUGUGGAUAAAUGUUGCGGUUAUUAGGUCUUUUAUAAUGGUCUUGGCCGUUUUUUAAUGCUAUUAGCUUUUCUCUUUGUUUUUCACUAUCCAUAUUUUAUUUUCCUUCAUUUCUUAUCGUAUUCCCCUUAAUUACGUUUCUCUUUAA